AUGAGUUUUUCAGACGAAUCAGAAGAUGAAGAAGAAAUCAAAAAGAGACUUUAUGCAGAUCUAGAUUAAAUCUCUAUCAAUGAUAAUUAGACUGAAAGAAGUUUUAUAUUUGAAUAACAUAAUUAUGAAAUUCAUGAUUAUAAAUAAUCUAGAAUCUGGUAAGAAUUCAUGAAUCAAAAUAAAUAGAGAGAAGAAAUGUUAGAUAAAAUUGAAAAUGAUAUUCAACUUAUGAAAUAAAUUAAUCAAGGAAAUUAAUGUAUUGAAAUUGAAGAUUAUAAUGGUGAUCAUCUUAAAGUAGAACUUAAUGAUUAAUUACCAAAUGAAAUUAUUGCAUAAAUCAAAGAAUAACCAUAACAAAAAAUCAUUUUACAUGAUGAACUAUUACUACAAUAAUAACCAUUACCAAUCACUGAUUUAUAGAAGUCUAUGAUUAAUUCAUAAAUAUUAACAAAAAAACAAGAUAGAACUUUAUCUGCCACAAAAUAAUCAAAAUCUACUAUUAAAUAAAAUGUGUAAGAUAAAAAAUUAGAAUUAAUGUAUCAAUAAAGAGAGAUAAUGUAAAUGGAAAUUGAAGACAAUUAUUCUAGAGAAUAUUAAGAUUUUUGGAUUAAAUAACUAUUUAAAAAUAGACUCUAUAAUUUACCUGAAGAGUUUCCUGCUUUAAAACCUAUUUCAUUUUCUACCAAAAUACCUGAUUUCAAUAUUCCUGUCUUCAAAAUUCCUUCCAUCUAAAUACCUUAAAUAUUUGAUUUAGUUGAAGAUAAUCUUGCUCCAAGCAAUACAAAAGAAUUGGUUUUUUCACGAUUAUAAAAUAUCAAGUUUUAAAAAUUCAAUUAUGUCGAAACGUAAUUAGAAAUAAAACCAAAUAUAUAAAUUUAACAAAUACAAUAAAUUGACUCUGAACUUAAAUACAAUAUUGUCUAUUAAGAUUUCUUAAAGAAUCAAUAGUAAUUAGUAUUGAGUGAUAGUAUCGAAGAGAUUUAUUGGAAAAAAGUUAAUAAUCUUCAUCAGGAUUUAAUGAAUAUGUAUUCUUAUAUCAUUAAUGUAGAAUUAAUAAAUUAAUUCAAAAAUAUUCCAAGUACAACUCUUAUAGAUAUCCUUUUACUGAAUAUGAAUAACCUAAAACCAAUUUAGAUAAUAUUAAUAUAAGUGAUGAUACUUCUAAAUUAAACUUAUUUUAAUAAUACAUUCAAAAUAAUUAAGUUUCCAAGUUUACAAGAAAAUUAGAAAUUAAAUUAGAGAAUCUAACUACACUUGAUGGAAUUUAAGAAAUGAAAGAAAUACGAAAAGUAAUCCUAUCCUGUAAUCAAAUCAAUGAUCUUACUCCACUUUCUGCAUUAAAUAAUCUAAUCGAAGUGGAUCUUUAAUAAAACAAUAUCUAGACUUAUCAUCAGUUGGGUAAAUUGAGUAAUCUAAGAAUUUUACGUUUAGAAAUGAAUCACAUCUAAGAAAUGAGUAAACUAAAUAAUUGUGUAUACCUGGAAGUUUAUUCUUUAAAGGGCAACAAAAUUCAGUCAAUUAAUAAUUUAGAAAAUUUAGAGUUCUUGAAAUAACUAUAUCUCUAUAAAAAUUAAUUAAAAAGUAUUGGGAAUAUCUCAAAAUGUGUAAUUUUAGAGAUGCUUGAUUUAAGUUCAAACCAAAUAGAAAUUGGAUUAAAUGAGAACCCUUUUAGAAAUAAUCAAUGUCUACGUAAAUUAAUCCUCACAAAAAAUAAAUUAUAACAUUUACCUGAAAUGAGAUUAUUAAUGCUGAAUGAAUUGUAUCUAAAUAAGAAUAAACUUGAAUCACUUGAUGGAAUUGUUUAUCUACCCUCUUUGCAAGUAUUCUAUUAUUUUAUAAGAUUUUAUAAGUUUAAGACAAUUAAUUGUAGACUUGUUAUGAUACAGAGUAUCAGAUAUCUUACAUUCCAAAUAUUUAAUAAAUUGAUUUAUCAGGAAACAGAAUUUAAUCAUUUGGGACAAUAAUAAAUUUUAUCCGAAGAUGCAAUCAGUUGAAACAAAUAAACUAUCUUGAAAAUCCAUUUUUACUUGGUUUAUCUGAAGUAUGAGUUUACAAAUAUUUUAGGAAGUACUUUAAUUAUAUCGAUAUAUGUUAAUUAUUAAUUGCCAAUAAUUAAUUGAAGUAAAUCAAGCUUUGUUAAACAAGAAAGAUUAAGAAUUCUUAAAAGAUAAAUUUUAUGGUUUUCUAGAACCUCCCUAAAGAAAAUCAUAAUAAUUAGAAUUGGAAAUUAGUUUUAAUAAGUUGAUUAAUUAAUUAAAUAACAAUACUUAAAUAAUGCAUAAGAUAAAUGGAUUAGAAUAAAGGAAGAUUACAAAAAUUCAUCCAUUUACUUACACAGAGAGAUUUAAAAUUAUUCAAAUUUUAAAUGAUUUAACAUUUAUCAAGAAUAACUUUUAAAUUAAUAUUGAUGUUGAUAAAGAAAUUUCUGAUUUUAAUUUAAAAUAUUAGAGAUCACUUUUUAAAGUAUAAUCAUUGCUAAUUAGAUGGAUUUAUAAGUUUAAAAAAAGAUAAAGGUAUUACAAAUCUAAAUAAAAAUAAUUAAUAAUUGUUUAAUCUCUUUUUAGAGGUUUUUUAGCUAGAAGAUUGCCAUAAGUAAAAUAAUUUAGAUAAAAGUAUAAUAAGAAAAAAUUAAAUAUUUUUGCUUUAAGAAUUUAAAAGGUUUGGCGAGGAUAUAUAAUAAGAAAAAGAUUAAGAGAUAGGAUGAAAAAUAUCAAAUUUGAAGAUAGCGAAUUGGAUGAUUUGGGAGAAAUUGAUGAUGAUUUUUUAAAGUAGGAUAUUCAUCUUAAUUUUGAUCUAAGAAUACCUUAGGGACUGGAUUUACAAUAAAUAUUCAAAUAGAGUUAAAAUUAAUAGUAAUUAUUAUAGUAAUAGUUCACUCAAUAAGCAUAAUAAAAAGUUUAAUAAUAACAAUAAGUUCCAUAGAAAUAAUCAGGAUCUAACACUAAGAAACCAAGUAACAAUACUGAAACUUAGAUGAGAACAUCUCAUUUAUCAGGAACUUAAUCAUAAUCUCAAAUGGGACAAAGUAAGUAUAGUGAAAAAACAGUCAAGACAGAUUGCUUACCAACAAUAGGAGAACAUACUAAAGUAAUAAUGAUAAUAUAUAAUUUGUUAGAAAAUAAUGUAAAAUUGGAACUUUAAAGAUCCUGCUGUAGCAUACACUAUUGCUUGUAAAUUACAAAAGGAACAAAAAAGAAAGAACAAAGCUAAGGAAUUAACAGCUUAGGAGAGAUUAGAGAGAUUUAAAAAACAUUGAAAUAAUUUUUAUUUU